AUGAGCGGAGGGAAUGAGACGACAGGCUCGGGGUUUGUGCUCCUGGGACUCUUCCCGGGCCUGCCGCACCCGGGCAUCCUCAUGUGCCUCACCGUCCUGAGCUACGUCCUAGCCCUGGCCGCGAACACCACCCUGACCGUCCUCAUCGCGCUGGACGCCCGGCUCCACAACCCCAUGUACUUCCUCCUCAGCCAGCUGUCCCUGGUGGACCUGCUCUUCAUAUCCACCACUGUCCCCAGGAUGGCUGCCGACUUCUUCCUGGGGACCAAGACCAUCUCCAGCUCGGGCUGUGGGACGCAGCUGUUCAUCUACCUCGCGCUGGGCGGAGCAGAGUGCCUGCUCCUGACUUGCAUGGCCUGUGACCGUUACAUGGCCAUCUGUCGCCCUCUGCGGUACCCCGUCCUCAUGAACCGGAAGACCUGCCUGUCGAUGGCCGUGGGGUCCUGGGCGGGCGGCAGCCUCAAUUCCCUCGUGCAGACUGUGUACACCAUGCGUUUGCCCAAAUGCGGCCGCCUGGAGAUUGACCACUUCUUCUGCGAGGUCAUGGCCGUUCUGAGGCUCUCCUGUGGGGACACCUUGACCUACAGGUUGACGAUACUCGGGGUGGGCAUUGUGCUGCUGCUGGUUCCCUUUGGCAUCAUCUUCACCUCUUACGCCGUCAUCUUCCUCACUGUCCUGCGCGUGAGUUCCCGUGAGGGGAGGCGGAAAGCGCUGGCCACCUGCUCCUCCCACCUGGUGGUGGUGAGCCUCUUCUACGGUCCCACCGUCUUCAUCUACAUGACCCCCGGUUCCACACACAGCCCGGCCCAGGAACAGGCCAUGUCUGUGUUCUUUGCUAUCGUCACCCCCACGCUGAACCCCUUAGUUUACAGCCUGAGAAACAGGGACGUCUUAGAGGCACUGAGGAAGGCUUUGAGACCCACAGCGCUCUUAUCUCCUAAAGUCCCGUGA